UACAGAUUUUUAUCUGAGAUUUCUUGGGAAAUUGUACGAAACCAGGAAACCUGCAAAGAGCAUCUUAUUUGUAGGCUGUCAGGUUCUACCGCAGUGUCCCUUCACUACAGCCAUGACUAAGAAGAAAGAUCGUAAUCAGAAUAGAAAAGAGCCCCAGUCGGUCAGUGUGAGUAAGACAAGCAGAAAGUCAGAAGGACACUCCAUUUUCAGCUGGCUCUUUGUGCUGGCCUUGCUGGGCGUCUGGAUGUCUGUGGCUGUCCUCUGGUUCGACCUGGUUGACUAUGACACUGUUGUUGGUGGUCUCCGUCCGUACGAUGCAGACGGUGAUGGGGACUUUGAUGUGGAAGAUGCCAAAGUGUUGCUAGGGCUGAAGGAGAAGCCAAUAGCCACGGUAACGAGGGAUGCACCGUCGGAAGGAGCAGGGCCAUCAGUAUCAGUGGAGAGGGAUGAAGUGAGUGAAGGACGAAGAGAAAAAGAGACGGACGUCGUGGAGGGGCCUGUAGUAGGACUGGAGGGUCACGUGGUUGAAUCCAGCGAUGAAUCUCUCUUCCCUGAAACCACUGCUGAUGAAUCAAUCCGUCUCUCAGAACAGGAAGUUGUAACGUCUGACAGGUCAGUCGGAAAUAUGGAUUUCCGCCCUCAUGAUGAGGAAUCCCAGGAUGGCAUUGAUUCUACAGGAGAGUUAGUUGUGGAACCACCACCCGAAGAAACUGAUGAUCUCGCUGAGACACAGCGGUAUGCUGAACAGUUGGUUUCACAACAAACUGUGGAAACAGCUCAACAAGAGCCUUCAUCUGAAUCUACACCUGAAACCGAGAUCACGCCUGAAUCUGUACCUGAAUCUGCACCUGAAACAGAGACUCCUGAAUCUGUACCUGAAUCAAAUAAUGUGCCUGAAUCUACACCUGAAACAGAGAGUGCUCCUGAGGUCACACCUGAAUCAGAGACUGCACCUGAAUUAUCCCCUGACUCAGACCCUACAGCAACACCAACAGCUAAGAAGAAGAAGCCCAAAUUGUUGAAUAAAUUUGACAAAACAAUUAAAGCAGAGAUCAAUGCAGCAGAGAAACUGCGUAAAAAGGGCAAGAUAGAGGAGGCUUUGCGAACUUUUGAAGGUCUCGUCCAGAAAUAUCCACAGAGCCCCAGGUGUCGCUAUGGUAAAGCGCAGACAGAGGAUGACAUGGCCGAGAAGUUACGCAGUAACGAUAUGUUACUUCGGGCGGUGAACACGUACAGAGAAGCAGCUGACCUUCCGGACGCCCCUGCAGAUCUGAUCAGAGCCAGUCUGAAGAGACGUGCGGACAGACAACAGUUCUUAGGUCGGAUGCGGGGGUCUUUGGCCACGCUGGAGCGACUCGUUCAGAUUUUUCCCGAUGACAUCUCCCUGAAGAACGACCUGGGAGUGGCCCAUCUGCUUUUGGGAGAUAAUAAAGGUGCUAAACGGGUCUAUGAGGAGGUUUUAGCCAUGGCACCCAGUGAUGGAUUUGCCAAAGUUCACUAUGGUUUCAUUCUGAAAGCUGAGAACAAGAUAGCAGAAAGCAUACCUUACCUCAGGGAGGGAUUGGAGUCAGGGGCUCCUGGGACAGAUGACGGCCGCUUUUACUUCCACCUGGGAGACGCCCUGCAAAGAGUGGGAGACAAGAGUGCCUAUGACUGGUAUGAAGCUGGUCACAGGCAUGGUCACUUUGCUUCGGUGUGGCAGCGCUCUCUGUACAAUGUGCCUGGACUCCGUGCUCAGCCCUGGUGGACCGCCAAAGAAACCGGAUACACUGACCUGGUCAGGACACUGGAACGGAACUGGAAAACCAUUCGAGAUGAGGCGUUGUCCGUACUGGACAGCAGCAGUGGGCUUUUCUUACCAGAGGACGAGAAUCUGAGAGAGAAAGGAGACUGGGGCCAGUUUACACUGUGGCAACAAGGAAGGAAGCUUGCCUCAGCGUGUCAUAGUGUUCCUAAGACCUGUGCCUUGCUGGAGCGGUACCCAGAGGCCACAGGCUGUAAGAGGGGCCAGAUUAAGUUCUCUGUGAUGCAGCCGGGCACUCACGUGUGGCCUCACACUGGUCCCACUAACUGUCGGCUGCGGAUGCAUCUGGGUCUAAUCAUCCCCCCCAAAGGAUGUCGCAUCCGCUGCACCAACGAAACCAGAGAAUGGGAGGAAGGGAAAGUGCUGAUUUUCGAUGACUCUUUCGAGCAUGAGGUGUGGCAGGAAGCGGACAGCUACAGACUCAUCUUCAUCGUAGACGUGUGGCAUCCAGAGCUCAGCCAAUCACAGAGACAGACUCUUUCACCCAUUUAGAGUUCUCAGCCAAUCACAGACUCUCUUUCCAUUCCAGCCUUCCGUAAACCCCCUCCAUGCGAAGCUGUGGUACUGAUGAACGAGAGGCCAAAUGAAUGUAAUUUCUUUCUUUUUUUUUUUUUCUCCACUGGUUAUUAAUAAUUUAAAUGUGAUUUUUUUAUGUUUGAAGAACAAAAACAAGUAAACCUCCCUGUCUCCCUUCCAAGGUUUUGGAAGAGGAAGACAUUUGGCUUAUAUUAAGACUUUGAAUGAUUACGGGAGGCAAACAUUGACUGAAGUUAUCAAGUUGAACUCAAGGUGGUUGGAACGAGGGAGCAAGAAAAGCUACAUGCUAAAAAGCUACAUUCACUGGUUGUUGCCAUAGAUCUGUCUUGAUAUUUUUAGCUUGGAAAAAAAAAGAUAUCACUUCUGAAAUCAUGAACAGCAUAUCAAAGCUGAAUGAUGGGACUGAAUAUUGCACUGUGUCUUUACAUGUAGAGUGUGUGUCUUUGUGUGUGUGUGUGUGCGUGCGCGUGUGUAUAUGUUUGGGAGAGAAAAAGAGAGCGCGAGUGAGUGAGGGAGAGAAGUUUCCUGCCAUAAAAUGGAUUCAUAAAUGAAUCAUUGUACUUUUUUUGCUGUAAGUACACAACUGUGCCUUGAAACGUAAUGCAGCUCAGCUCUCAGAGGUUCACACUACUCAAUCCACUGCAAGCUUCUAUUUUCAUUUAAUAAA